AUGGGGUCUGAAUCUUCGAGCUUUCGGCCGAAGAGGCACCCGUCGGACUCUCCUGAUGCUCCCAACAAGAAAAGACCACCGGUCGGUGACGAGGCCCCUCUGGCGGAUCCCGAGGAUGCCAUCACUCAGGAUGAGAUACACGGCGCAGAGCUGCAAUCAGACAAGCCCAGCAAAUCUGGCAAGAUUCGCAAUGCUUUCUCCGAACUCAUGGCUCCAAAGCCAAAGCCAGAGAUCAAGACCGUCUCUGCCAACUCAAGAAUGAACACCAAUUCCUUCGCCGGCCGAGACGGCCUAGGCCUUUACAUCGCAAAAGCCGAAUCCUUACCCGUCGGCAGCAUCAUCUUCGCAACCCCGCGCUUCGUAGCCAUCCACGACAUGUAUCCCAAAGCGACGGUGCACUGCCUCCUCCUCCCGCGAUCCCCAGACAAGACCCUGAUCCACCCCUUCGACGCCUUCGAGGACGCAGAGUUCCUCGCCUCGGUACGCGUGGAGGCGGAAAAGCUCAAGGACCUCGUCGCCAGGGAGCUCCAGCGGCUGGUUGGCGAGCACAGCGCGGCCGAAGCUCCCCGGCGUGCCGUCCUGGACGGCGAGGUCGACCCCGAGAGGGACGCGGAGGGCAGGGUGGUGCUCCCGCAGGGCAGGGACUGGAUGUCCGAGAUCAAGGUCGGCGUACACGCACGGCCGAGCAUGAACCAUAUGCAUGUGCACGUCCUCAGCCGCGAUAUGUACUCGGCUAGGCUUAAGGUUAGGAAACACUACAACUCGUUCACGACCGACUUCUUCGUGCCGCUGGACGACUUCCCGCUGGCAAUGGACGAUCCGCGGCGGAAUCAGGCUGGUUGGCAUGAGAAGCCCAUGGUGUGCUGGCGGUGCGGGCGCGGCUUUGGCAACAAGCUCAAGGAGCUCAAGAAGCACCUCAGCGAGGAGUUUGACGCGUGGAAGAGGGAGUGA